AUGAAUAUUGGAGUUGCUCACAGUGAGGUGAAUCCAAAUACCCGUGUAAUGAGCAGACGAGGUUUGUGGCUGACAUAUGCAUUAGGAGUUGGCUUGCUUUGUAUUAUCCUACUCAGUAUUCCAUUCUUCAGUGUUCCUGUUGCUUGGACCUUAACGAAUGUUAUCCAUAAUCUGGGGAUGUAUGUAUUUUUGCAUGCAGUAAAAGGAACACCUUUUGAAACUCCUGACCAGGGUAAAGCAAGGCUUUUAACUCAUUGGGAACAAUUGGACUAUGGAGUACAGUUUACAUCUUCACGGAAGUUUUUCACAAUUUCUCCAAUAAUUCUGAAAUAUUUUCUGGCAAGUUUCUAUACGAAGUAUGAUCCAACUCACUUCAUCCUAAACGCAGCUUCUCUCCAGAGUGUGCUAAUUCCUAAAAUGCCACAGCUACAUGGUGAUCGGAUCUUUGGAAUUAAUAAGUAUUGAAUUGUUUUGAAACAGAAAAAAUUUUUAUAGCUACUGAAUUUUCUGUAAGGAAGGAGUGGUUAGUAAACUGCACUGCUUCUGUGAUAAUAUGAAAUGAGAAGUAUUUACAUUGGAGGGCCAGUUGCUGGUUCUUUAUAAACUGUUUUGAAGUGCAGUAUUUACUAAAAAAUGCAUAUGGUAUCUUUUUGAAGAGAGGCUUUAUAGGCAGGCUGGGCAGGUCCAGCUUAUAAGUUAAAUGACUGUAAGUGAGGGUACAAUAGAUAAAUCUGAGGAAAUAAGAGAUUUAUAAGACACUAAGACCAGCUUAGUUUAUAAUGAGGAGGAGUUCUGUUAGGAGAAGAAAAUUCCAAUCAUUCAGUCAGUUUAAGCAGAUAUACAUGUAAACCAGAAUCAUCUCUUUACAAGUUUAUUAUAAUUUUUAUUACCAUAUGUAUUCCUCUUAUGUUAUAUAAGAGGAUAUUUCCCUCUUGCUUUAUAUAGCCCAAUCCCUACCUUAUGAUUAUACUUUUUUGCUUUUACUGGUUCAACAUUAUAUUGAUGGAUGAGGUCAUUUUUACAUGUAUUAAGUUACUGAGUUCAUGAAGGCCCACCUUCAUGACUGGUGAUAGAAGACAGCCAGGCAUUUUACAAAUAGCCUCUGAGUCAGCCUUGUAAUUUUGGAACAGAAUGGGUUUUAUUGCCUUUCUAGACACAAGGCUGCAAAACCAAUUAAGAAAAUAAUUUAUUUUACAGUUAAAAUAUAUGGUAGUUUAAAGGUGUCUGCUUAUUUGGUUCAUCAGUCUAAUUAUUAAAGUCUGCUGUUGUUUAGAAAAGGAAACAUAAAAUGGACAAGUAUAUGGCCAGCUUGUGUUCUAGCAGAAACUGCUUCUCUAGCAGUAAUACCAAAGUAAAUAAUGGAGUCUUUUCUAGCAGAUCUGCAGUAUAAGAAAACAUUGUCUUUUCUUAGACUCUCUGAUCUCAAUCCUCAUAUAUUGCCCAUUAAUGUUUUGCCUUUCAUUACAUAGGUCUUAGUCUUAGUGUAGAUUAACUCAGAGUGGUAACUGUUUCCAAAGCAGCAACCAUAUUAAAUUCUAUAUAUUUAGAUAUUAGAUUCCCUAUAAUCUUCCUAUAGUUGACAUUAAUUGCCAGAAAUAACUAUAUACUACUUUGAGAAGAAGACACGUCAAAAAUAAAGUUCUGAUAUGGGAUGAAACUGAAAAAUCCAAUAAUAUUUGUAAACUUGAGUGAAAAGAGUUACAGACCAACUGAAAAAUCAAUUUGUUUCAAUAAAGUGAC